UCAACAGCAUCUACCGAUAACUGUAAACUAUCAAGAUGGUUCAGAAGUUAGUGAUUCUAUCAGGACUUAUCAUGUCUGCUGCCUGCAUGGUCCUACACCAGACGCCCAUAUCUCUCUACGUGCCUAUACAAUUCGAGGAACCUGCGCCCAACUACAACUUCGCAUACCAAGUAAACGAUCCACACACUGGAGACUACAAAAGACUGCAUGAAACAAGGAACGGUGGCAUCGUGCAAGGCCAGUAUUCACUUCUACAGCCCGAUGGUGUCACCAGGACAGUUGACUACAGUGCUGAUGAUUUCAAUGGCUUCAAUGCAGUCGUGAACAACCAAGGUAGACCAAUCAGUGAGCAUACCGAACGACAGGAAGAAAACGAGAACGAAGCUGUUAGACAGGGUAGUGGAAGGUCUCAUGAACAGUACCAGCAGGGUACUGACGAUCAGGAAUUGGGACAUGGUCAGACUGCUAGACCUUUAACUGUGGAACGUACUGCCCUUAUUCACCACGUGUUACGUCAAUAUCGUCACAAUGGUGAACAUAACCUCUGAACAUCUGAGGAUAAUCUGAUUUUCCUGACGACCUAGUUUCUAUAAUUUCUUAUAAUGUGUUUAUAUUUAACUGAAAU